AACAGAAAAGCCUCUUUCUUUUUAUCAAUCUGCUGCAGAUGACUGCAAAAAUGGAGAGUGCAAAUUCUUCUUUCUCCACCAAAAUGCGGAUUAAAUUCCCUGUAGUUGCAUUUUUUUUGGAAAUUACCAUCAUAAUUUUAUUUGGGAUAUUUGUAAAAUAUGACAUAAGUGAUCGUGGAAGAAACUUCCCAAAAGAAUCCUGGUUGUAUCCACUAUUUCAAGAUGUUCACGUGAUGAUAUUUGUUGGGUUCGGCUUCUUGAUGACUUUCCUAAAGAAGUAUGGGUUCAGCAGUGUUGGUAUCAACUUGCUCAUUGCUGCUUUGGGUCUCCAGUGGGGCAUCCUGCUGCAAGGAUUUUGGCACAUGAAAUACAAUGAAAUCCACAUUGGCAUUGAAAGUAUGAUCACUGCCGACUUCAGUGUCGCUACUGUCCUGAUCUCCUUUGGAGCUGUCCUGGGUAAAACAAGUCCCGUCCAGGUGCUAAUCAUGACCAUUCUGGAAAUCACUGUGUUUGCAUGCAAUGAACAUCUUGUUGUAAAUGUACUAGAGGCAACUGAUAUUGGAGCAUCCAUGACAAUUCAUGCAUUUGGAGCCUAUUUUGGUCUGGCUGUAGCUAGAGUCAUCUACCGCCCUGGUCUAAGAAAUGGACAUAAAAAUGAAGAUUCUACUUAUCACUCCGACCUAUUUGCUAUGAUUGGUACCCUUUUCCUCUGGUUGUUCUGGCCGAGUUUUAACUCAGCAAUUGCUGCAGCGGGAGAGGCACAGGAAAGAGCGAUCAUGAACACGUACUUCUCUUUGGCAGCAUGCACAAUGACUGUAUUUGCCAGCUCUAUCUUGAUUGAACAGAAGGGCAAACUUGACAUGGUGCACAUUCAAAAUGCAACCUUAGCAGGAGGAGUUGCCGUAGGUUCUUGUGCAGAUUUGAACAUCUUACCCUUUGGUGCCAUGUUAAUCGGAAGCAUAGCUGGAAUCAUCUCAGUUCUUGGAUUCAAAUAUUUGACUCCUUUGUUUGCUUCAAAACUGAAUAUUCAAGACACCUGUGGCAUCCAUAACCUACAUGGCAUACCUGGUAUUUUGGGGGGCAUUGCAAGUAUCAUUGCAGCUGCUCUACAGGUCAACAACAAUUUAUCUCCUGGGAUGCAGGCUGCUGCUCUGGCAUGCUCCAUUACAAUUGCUUUGAUAGGAGGAGCAAUCACAGGGUUAAUUCUACGUUUGCCUUUCUUGGGACAGCCUUCCGACCAGAACUGUUAUGAUGACACAGUGUAUUGGGAGGUUCCCCUUGAAAAUUUCCCAAAGGAAUGCACUCUUGAUUGUCUUGAGGACCAAACACAAUAAGAAUUUUCUACAACUGGCUCUUUUCCCUGUAGUGUUUUUAAACAUACAUUGUCUGUAUCUUUUUAAAGAGCCAGCAUAGUGUAGUGGUUUGAGCACUGAGGCCUCUUCUACACUGCCAUAUAAGAUCCAGAUUAUCUGCUUUGAACUGGAUUAUAAGGCGGUGUAGACUCAUAUAAUCCAGUUUAAAGCAGAUAAUGUGGAUUAUUUUGUUUAGUAACCUGGAUUAUAUCUCAGUGUAGAUCCAGCCUGAGUAAAUUCUGGAGGCUGGGUUGGAAACGCACUGGGACAAGUCACUCUCUCUCAACUUCAGACGAAGUCAAACACAGAUCCUCUGGACAAAUCUGACCAAAACCCCAUGAUAGCAGCACCAUAUGUUGGGAAGAACAUAAAAGCACACAACAGCACCAUUGUAUUUUUAUCUAUAGCUUUUGUUAAUUUACUGCAAAACAUUAAAACAACAGAAUAGUACAA